AUGGCAAUCGGCGGCGCACCAGCCGGCCGGAUCGUGAUGGAGCUGUUCGCCGACACAACUCCACGAACCCCAGAGAACUUCAGAGCUCUUUGCACUGGAGAGAAAGGCAAAGGCCGAAGAGGCAAGCCUUUGCACUACAAAGGCUCGACUUUUCACCGAGUGAUCCCUGGAUUCAUGUGCCAGGGAGGGGAUUUUACCGCAGGGAACGGAGCCGGAGGAGAAUCAAUCCAUGGAGCGAAAUUUGCUGAUGAGAAUUUCAUAAAGAAACAUACUGGGCCUGGGAUCUUAUCUAUGGCUAAUGCUGGGCCUGGAACUAAUGGGUCUCGGUUUUUUAUCUGUACGGAGGCGACUGAAUGGCUUGAUAGGAAACGUGGUGUUUGGAAGAGUUGUGGAGGGUAUGGUUGUUGUUAA